GCUGCCCACUGGACAAUAAUGAGAUUUUUCGCCCCCAUUUAUGUGCGUAAGCGAAAAAUAGAAGAAUGGAUCACUUAAAUUGACAAUAGCAUUAACUUCAUCUUCUUCCCCAUUCACAUCGCAUGCACAAAUUCACCACCCUCAGACUUUAAAUUUCCGCCUUCUCAAAAAUCACCUAAUUAAUCCCAAACCUAUCCCCCUCUGUAUUUGUCCUGAUUCUUUGAUUAGGAAUGGCGAAAUGGAGGGGCAAUCGGCAUCUAGGAAAGAUAUAUUCUAGAUCAAUUUUGGUGCUAUCGAUGCUCUUAAUGCUGACGGUGUUGCUAUUGAUAGUUCUCGGACUCGGAAUACGCUCUGUUCCUGUUGGCUCAGAAGAUGACUCAUUGCUCAUCAAAGACGGUGUUAGACUAAGCAUUGAAGGAGAGGGAUUGGGAGGAAGAGGAGAUCAGUGGACCGAGGUCGUUUCGUGGGAGCCUAGAGCUUUCAUCUACCACAAUUUUUUGUCCAAGGAAGAAUGUGAAUAUUUGAUUAACCUUGCCACACCUCACAUGGUGAAAUCAACUGUUGUAGAUAGCAAAACUGGCAAGAGUAAAGAUAGCAGGGUUCGUACAAGUUAUGGGAUGUUUUUAAGAAGAGGAAGAGACAAAGUAAUCAGAGCUAUUGAAAAAAGAAUUGCAGACUACACAUUAAUACCUGUAGAGCAUGGGGAAGGUCUGCAAGUUCUGCACUAUGAAGUGGGGCAAAAAUAUGACCCUCAUUAUGACUACUUUGUUGAUGAAAUCAACACAAGAAAUGGGGGUCAAAGAAUUGCAACCCUUCUUAUGUACUUGUCAGAUGUUGAAGAAGGCGGGGAGACAGUCUUUCCAGCAGCCAAGGGAAAUGUUAGCUCCGUGGCUGGGUGGAGUGGAAUGUCGGAGUGUGCUAAGAAAGGCGUUUCUGUAAAACCAAAAAUGGGCGAUGCACUGCUUUUCUGGAGCAUGCGCCCUGAUGCCACUCUAGACCCAUCAAGCUUGCACGGAGCUUGCCCUGUUAUAAAAGGGAAUAAAUGGUCAUGUACGAAGUGGAUGCAUGUUGGUGAGUACAAAAUUUAGGAAUAUCCUAUCAGCUAUAAAAAAAAAAACUAGUUUGUUGCCCGUCGAAAUUCGACGGGAAUGAAUGAAUUAUUAUUAUAUAUAUUUUGUUAAUAAUUUUUAAUAUAAAUUUGAUAAUUAUACAA